CUCUGUGGCACUAACGGCAAUCCGUGUGGAACGUGCCACUCCAGAAGCACUGUGCCACUGACUGCAAUCCGCUUCUCGCUGCGGCCAUGGCGACGAGCUUCUUGUCCGCCACUGGUACCUCGUUCCUCCCCGUCCGCCGCCUCUCCUGCCGCAAGCCCACCGCCGCUUCCUCAGCUCCGUUCUCCUCCAAACCGCGCCGCUCACCAUCCUGCUCCCUUCUUCCUCCCGGACACCGUCGCUCCUCCACCUCAUGCUCUUCUCCUGCCAAGAUCCCCACCUCCAACCUCCUCUCCUCAAUCACGGCCGCCUCGAGAACCCUGCUCUUCCUGCUCGCCGCCUCCCUCCUCGCCCUCUCCGGCGUUCGGCGCCCCCUCCCGUCCCUCGCCGCCCCUCCCCCACCUACGCAAGAGACCAAGCGGCAGGAAGAGGAACCCAGCGACGAGGAGCAGGAAGAAGCGGAGGAGGACGAGGCCAAGUGGUUUGAGAAGGAGGAGGAAGAGGUGGAGGCGGCCUGGAUGCAGCCGAGCGACGACGAGGAAGAGGAAGAGGAGGACGACGAGGUCCAGAUGUACCUGGAAGUCCUCAGCGAGGACCCUGGCGACGUGGCCGCGCUCAAGUGCCUGCUGUUCGCCAGGAUGCGGCGCAAGGACUGGGGCGGCGCGCUGGGGUACGCGGCGCAGCUCCGGGAGGCCGAGCCCGGCGAGGUGGAGUGGCGGCUCAUGGAGGCGCUGCUGCACGAGCUCAAGGGGGACCUCGCCCAGGCCGAGCGGCUGUUCCAGGAGGUCCUCGCCGAGAAGCCGCUCCUCGGCCGGGCUCUCCAUGGACUCGCACUGUGUAUGAGUAAAAGAUACGAAGGUCCAACUGUUUUUGAGAUGCUGGAGAAAGCUUUGCAACUUGCAGUGUCGGAGGAAAGGGUCCCGGAAGAGCGCAACAUAAAGCUUCUGAUUGCACAGAUGCAUGUUGUCAAGGGCAACCUGGAUGUUGCAUCAGAGAAAUUGCAAAAUCUUAUUAACGAGGACCCCCGGGAUUUUCGACCUCAUCUUUGCCAGGGCAUUGUAUAUGCACUUUUAGACAAAAAGGAAGAAGCAGAUGAGCAAUUCGAUACGUAUAGAAGCCUUGUGCCGGAUGAGUUCCCAGACAAGAGUUUUAUCAAUGAUGUUAUCUUAUCGGCCAAAAUGGAGUCAAAAGAUCGGCUACAAAAGGACUUCAGAUCCGAGUUCCUAUCUAGAAAAUGAUACUCCUGAUCUUGUUUUUUCCUUACCUGAACGAACUGUAUCAUACUUAGUCAUAGUUCUAGAUAGUUAGGGUAUUGAUACAGGUGCGACAAUUUUAUACGUGAAAAUGGAAUAUAACAUGAGUCGCUUGUAACUAAUCCGCUGUAUUUUUUAGCUCAUCAGCUAAUCCUCAAAUGGAGGAAAUGACCUUUCGGACAGAAA